AUGAAGCUUUCAAUCCUCCUUGCACUCCUGCCUGUGGCUCUUGCCCUGCCAGCGCCCGUCAUUGUUCCUCGUGCUGGUUCGCCUAUCCCAGGAAAGUUCAUUGUCAAGAUGAAGAACGAGAACCUCGAAGAGCUUAUCAACAGCGCUUUGAAGCUGCUUAACAAGGAUCCAGCCCAUGUUUACAACUUUGGUGGAUUCGGUGGAUUUGCUGCUGAAAUGAAUGACGGCCUGGUCCAGCUGCUCCGCAACCUCCCUGGUGUUGAAUACAUUGAGCAGGAUGCCAUCGUCAAGGCCAACCUUGGCGAAAUCCACCUCGAAAAGAAGGCCUAUGUCACCCAGGCUUCUUCUACUUGGGGACUUGCUCGUAUCUCUCACCAAAGUCGUGGUAGCACUUCGUACACCUACGACAGCAGCGCCGGUGCCGAUACGUGUUCGUACGUGAUUGACACCGGUAUCUCAGUCUCCCACCCAGAGUUUGAAGGCCGCGCCACAUUCCUUGCCAACUACGCUGGCGAUGGCUCCAACAACGACGGCAACGGCCACGGCACUCACGUCGCUGGUACCAUUGGCUCCAAGACCUACGGUGUAGCCAAGAAGACCCAGCUUUACGCUGUCAAAGUCCUUGACGCAAGUGGUUCAGGUACCAACUCGGGUGUCAUUGCUGGAAUCAACUUCGUCGCCAACGAUGCAAAGACUCGCAGUUGUCCCAAAGGCGCUGUUGCUAACAUGUCUCUUGGCGGUUCUCGCUCUACCGCUGUGAACUCUGCUGCUGCCAACGUCGUUUCUGCUGGCGUCUUCCUGGCUGUUGCCGCUGGUAACGAGGCUCAGGAUGCUAGCAACUCUUCACCCGCAUCUGAGGCUACUGCUUACACUGUCGGCGCUACUGACAGCUCCGACCGUCUUGCUUCAUUCUCCAACUUCGGCAGUGUCGUCGAUAUCCUCGCACCUGGCGUCGCCAUCCUAUCCACCUGGUUGAACGGUGGCACAAAUUCCAUCUCCGGUACCUCCAUGGCAUCUCCUCAUGUUGCCGGCCUUGCUGCCUACCUUCUUGGCUUUGAGGGCAAGAAGACUCCCGCUGCUCUUUCUUCGCGCAUCACCGAGCUGUCUCUGAGGAACAAGAUCACUGGCGUACCAUCCGGUACCAAGAACUACCUUGCGUUCAACGGCAACCCCAGCAGUUGA